CAGAAAAGACAAUCCUCCAUUCUGAAUGGAGUUACCAGCGGCCAGCGACGGUGUUCAACUGGCUGCAUACAAACCCAGACUUCCUCCAUCAGUAGUCAAUGUGAAGACGACACCUGGAGGGUUUCAUGAGUCUGGUUUCUAUCAGUGUUACGGUGAUGGGAGCAGUGUAGCAUCCCUUGGAUCUGAUGCUCUAACUGGCUACGAGACUCUGGACGCCCCGCCAAACUAUGACUUCUACGCCAACACAGGGGUGUGGGGCCGACGGAGACGCUUCAGACCAUCUCUAUACCAGCUGCAUGCAAACACUGAGGUUGACUCCAGUCCUCCCUUGUAUGAGGAGACAACAGGUGGACAGAUGGAAGGAGAAGACAGCUCAGAGGAAGAUGAGGAGGAGGAGCAGAAGGAGCCGCCACCUGAACCUACUCGCUUUGGCUGGGUGCAGGGAGUCAUGAUCCGUUGCAUGUUAAACAUCUGGGGGGUGAUCUUGUACUUGAGGUUGCCUUGGAUCACUGCUCAAGCUGGCAUAGGUCUGACCUGGGUGAUUAUCCUGCUAUCCUCUUGUAUAACUGGGAUCACUGGACUCUCGACCUCGGCCAUCGCUACCAACGGCAAGGUCAAAGGAGGCGGUACCUACUUCCUGAUCAGUCGCAGCCUCGGUCCAGAGCUGGGUGGGUCCAUUGGUCUAAUAUUUGCCUUUGCCAAUGCUGUAGCUGUGGCCAUGCACACUGUGGGCUUUGCCGAGACUGUGACAGACCUCAUGCGUGAAAAUGGAGCUGUCAUGGUGGACCGAACCAAUGAUAUCCGCAUCAUUGGCGUCAUUACAGUCACGUGUCUACUAGGUAUCUCUAUGGCUGGCAUGGCAUGGGAGUCAAAGGCCCAGGUUCUGUUCUUCCUGGUCAUCAUGAUGUCAUUUGCCAGUUACAUUGUUGGAACGAUCAUCCCCGCUUCACCACAGAAACAAGCAAAGGGUUUCUUUAGCUACAAAGCGGAUAUCUUUACCACCAAUUUUGUGCCCAACUGGCGGGGACCAGAGGGCAGCUUCUUUGGCAUGUUCUCCAUUUUCUUCCCCUCAGCCACGGGCAUAUUGGCAGGUGCUAACAUCUCUGGAGAUCUGAAGGAUCCAACAGUGGCCAUCCCCAGAGGAACACUGACGGCAAUAUUCUGGACCACCAUCUCCUACCUCAUCAUCUCUGCAACCAUCGGAUCCUGUGCGGUGCGGGACGCGUCCGGCCUGUUAAACGACACCCUGUCAGCGUCCUCAUCUGGCGAGGAUUGUGUUGGUUUAGCUUGUCAGUAUGGAUGGGACUUCACAGAGUGUAUCAACAAUAACACAUGCACCUAUGGCAUCAGUAACUACUAUCAGUCGAUGAGCUUGGUGUCAGCCUUCGCCCCUCUCAUCACUGCUGGUAUAUUUGGAGCUACACUGUCUUCUGCUUUGGCCUGUCUGGUGUCUGCUCCCAAAGUCUUCCAGUGUCUGUGUAUGGACAAACUCUACCCUCUCAUCGGCUUCUUUGGCAAAGGUUACGGCAAGAACGACGAACCGCUCAGAGCCUACCUACUGACGUACAUCAUCGCUGCCUGCUUCAUUCUCAUUGCUGAGUUAAACACCAUCGCUCCCAUCAUCUCCAACUUCUUCCUUUGCUCCUACUGUCUGAUCAACUUCAGCUGCUUCCAUGCCUCCAUCACCAACUCACCAGGUUGGCGUCCGUCCUUCAGGUUCUACAAUAAGUGGCUGUCGUUGCUGGGCUCUGUGUGUUGUUUGGUUAUCAUGUUCCUGCUGACUUGGUGGGCAGCCCUCAUUGCCUUUGGCGUCGUCUUCUUCCUUUUGGGAUACACACUCUACAAGAAGCCUGCUGUGAACUGGGGCUCCUCGGUGCAGGCGAGCUCCUACAACAUGGCUCUGAACCAGUGUGUAGGCCUCAACCAUGUGGCGGACCACGUCAAGAACUACAGACCCCAGUGUUUGGUGCUGACAGGUCCUCCCAGCAGUCGGCCAGCUCUGGUGGAUCUCGUCAACUGUUUCACAAAGGAUCUCAGUCUCAUGAUGUGUGGCAAUAUAGUCACUGAUGGUCCCUCCCCAUCAGUAGUGGAAAAGGCGAGCGGCGACAGUCACGUUACCUGGUUGAACCAACGGAAGGUCAAGUCAUUCUACAGAGGUGUGGUGGCUGCAGAGCUACGAUCAGGAGUUAACAUGCUGCUACAGGGAGCAGGUUUGGGUCGUAUUAAGCCAAAUGUUCUGCUGAUGGGUUUCAAGAAAGAUUGCUGCAACGACACGCCUCAGGCUGCACACAACUAUAUAGGAAUACUACAUGAUGCAUUUGACCUGCAGUACGGCGUGUGCAUUCUGAGAAUGAAGGAGGGACUGGAUGUCUCUCAUCCAUCUCAAUCACACGUUAAUCCAGGCUUUGAUGGAGGACCUGAGAGUAUAAACACCAUCUCUGCCCCUUCCUGCAUUCAAACAACUGCAUCUUCUGUCUCCAUUGAACCAGAGCCUCAGCCUGGUACGGUGUUCCAGAAAAAACAAGGAAAAAAGACCAUCGAUGUGUACUGGCUGUCUGAUGACGGAGGCCUGACCCUGCUGCUGCCCUACCUGCUGACUCGGAGGAAGCGCUGGGCCAGAUGUAAGGUCCGAGUGUUUGUGGGGGGAGAAACAGACAAGAAGGAAGAGCAGAGAGAGGAGGUGUUGGCACUGAUCAAGAAGUUCCGUCUUGGUUUCCAUGAUGUUGAAGUGCUUCCUGAUAUCUACCAGAACCCCCAGCCUGGAAAUGUUCAUCAGUUUGAGAACAUGGUGAGUCACUUCAGGCUGGAUACAAAUCCCAAACAGGACUCUGAUUCUGGGCCACCGAGACAGCAAGAAGAGCCGUGGAUGAUCACUGACCAGGACUUAGAGAGGAACAAGGCCAAGUCUCUCCGUCAGAUUCGUCUCAACGAGGUUGUGCAGGAUUACUCCAGAGACGCUGCCCUGAUUGUUAUCACCAUGCCGGUGGGGAGGAGAGGAGCGUGUCCCAAUACUCUCUACCUGGCGUGGCUGGACUUCUUGUCACAUGAUCUGAGACCUCCAGUCCUGUUGGUUAGAGGGAACCAGGAAAAUGUCCUCACCUUCUACUGCCAAUGACAUGUCUCCUAUAUACAGUCCAAUAUACAGAUGCUGAACUACAAUUUAUAACUCACUAAUAUCCUGACAUUUUUUAAUCUUGAAUUAGACAUGUCAAUGCCUUGAUGACUAUUGAUGAUUAUCUAAUCCUGUAAUUAAUGUAUGAUUCAUGUAAUUACCAUGUUCUGGGCCUAUAAGUCGACGUCUCAAUAGUGUACACAUUUUAGAAAUCCUACAAAUCACUGAAGGGAUCAUAUUUAAAACUGAAGCCAUUAUUGAUUGUAAAAACAAUUGUUUAUCAAAAUGAUUUGUAAUGAUUGACAUUUGACAUCGUUUGUAAUGAUAGUAUGUACGGAAGACCUCAACAGACACGAUUCAACCAUUUUCUUAAUACGGUUAUCUCGAGUUCAUGAGUUAAUUAUGUCGUUAAUUCGAGAAAAUUAGCUAUGUUAUCUUGAGAUAACAAGAUAACUAAGUUGUUAUCGCGAGAAAACAGAUUUUCUUUUAUUUCUUAUAAUGUCAAAUCAGCCAAAAUGCAUUCAAACGGCCCGGAUGGAGCUGACAGCAUGGGUGUAUACAUGCUGAUACUGAUGGACUUGGUGAAGUUAGCAGGAGGAUUUUCUGAUGUCUGUAUUUCUGUAUGUUUUUUUUUUCCAGCAACCAAAAAUCAAAGAAUAAAGACAUUUGCCUCACAAUUUUGUGGUAUUUUCUUUUAAGUUGUUUAACAUGUUUUAUACUACUUGUGAAUAUAAUCUAUUUAAUCUUAUCUCCAUAUUGUUAACACCUUAUUUAAAAAAACGUAUUUAGUCAGAUAUGUAUCCUUCCGCUAACUUCACCAAGUCCAUCACUGACAGGCUUGAUAGGGCUGUCAGCUUGAUCUGGGCCGUUUGCAUACCUUUACCCUCGGCUGAUUUGACACAAACAUUAUAAGUAAUAAAAGAAAACAACUUUUUGUUUUCUCCUGAUAAUGGGAUAACAACGUUUGUUUCCUCGAGAUAACCACAUAAUUAACUUGUGAUCUUAAGAUAACGGCAUUAAAAAAAAAGAAAAGAAUUGCUAUUCCACUAGAACACUGUCAUCCGUAUGCCAUACCACAAUGUAUAAUCUCUAUAUGUUUUUGACAUUUUGCAAUUAAAGUGCUGUAUAUGAUAUUCUGAUUCA